CCUACAUAAUCGGAUUUGGUACGGCCAAACCAUCGAACGGCGUGUACCGGACCAUACUCGAUAGUAUGUCGCAUUGUACAUCGCACAAAAUUACCUUCCAGACCGUACUGAGUACAACGGCGGGCCAAUAGGAGCAAAUCUACUUUGAUACUAAUUGAACUAUGCGCCGCUAUUACUAUCCUAAUCCAGAUGUGGUUGCCAAUAACGGCUUUAAAAAAGACAUCAAAUAUAGAUGAGUAUACGGUCGAAAAUCAACGAACGCACAUGAGGCAGAAUUACGUGGUGCAAAGACGAUCUGAUGAAGACCAAGACCGGGACAGCAAAGCCGUGAUGUACCCACCAGAAACCUUCCCUCCCAACUCGAACCCAGAAGAACUUCCGGCAGUAAUCGUUGACUACGCCAAUAUGAUUCGAAACGACAUUAUACUUCUGGACAAUUCCGUAGAAACAAGAACCAGAAAACGGGGCAAUAUUAAAGUGGAGAAAUACAAUCAUGCUGAGAAACUAGACAUACCGUGCAGCUGUGAACAGGACAAUACGGAGCUCCUUUAUCUUGGCGAAGACUUCAUUCCAAGUUCGAUAGAAACCAGAAGGUGCCAGAGGGACCGGUGCUCAUUCCCUUUCGUAUGUCAUCGCCGCCUUUAUAACAUUACACUCUUAAAGCGGAACUACACCAACGAGUAUUCUAGUGAAGAAUUGCCACCUGAAAUUGCCAGGAAAUGGGUUGCCAUACAGAAACCAAUUACAAUUGCGUGUUUUUGUUCGAAAAAUAAACGGGAGAAAUUUUAAGAAUUCCGUACAAUUAAAAAAAAUAUAUAUGUUUUGUAAAUUAUGCAAAAUAAGCCUUAGAGCUGUCAACUUAUUAGCAUCCUAAGGUUUUACGAAUCGACUAUUGUACUACGAUAUUUUUUUUUUCAAAUUUAAUGAUACCCAUCAAGUAUGUGAAACCAAAUACUGCGUUAAACUAAGGUGUCUGAAAGAAAAAUUGGGCUUGGAAGGAAUAAAGAAUUAGUUGAAGUAGUUUUAUAUACUGCUAGAUUAUAACGAAUUAAAAUGAAGAGCUGAUUUGGUCGCUUGUUAAUGUUAAGUUCU